AUGGAUAAACAUGGCAAUGGUAAUGACCGUUUUGCCGCCACAUCUCCAGAUACAAUGGCGAGAGAUACAAGGGUGAUCCCACCGGAUGAGUUGGACCUGGAUGUUGGUACAAAUGGAGUGCCACAAGACUUACAAUUAGUCACGGACAUGGAGCCAUUUGUCAGUCCACUGACAGAAGAUAAUUUGCUAUAUCACACGAAUUCUCAUCCAUCAAGUGAAGAUGCACGCUGUAGCUACGUUGAAGCAUUUGUUACAAACCAAACUCGUAUGCUUCAUAUAGAAGCCGAGCUACGGCGUCGUACACAAAUGGAGAUUUCUUCACUUGUGCCGCUAGACACGCUCUCUGUGAAUGAAGAAGUUGUUUCGGAACGCGUCGUGGAUGAUCAUACACAACACCAAUCAACCCGUGCAUCGUUAACCCGCUCAAGUAGUCUCACUGGCGGUCGCAGUGAUAGAGGAUCUCCUCAUGUAAAGAACAGCAAACGACCGGUUUGGCUGCAGCUUUUAUUCAGAAGACGUAGCGCCAACAUGCCAUCCACACCACUUUCACCUCCACCCGUCAACUCCUCGCUAUUGGAGAGCCAUGAAUUGCCAAACAGCCCAGCAACAAGUAGCGCUUAUCAGCAGUAUCAUGAGCAAACAAUGACAAUGCUACACGAAGACAUUCACAAUUUUACCAAUGGGAAUUUUAGAUCUGCACAGCGUGACUCUGGCAUCUCAAUAUCCUCCACAUCACGUGGGACUCAUACCAAACGUGCUAGGUUGAGUCUCCAUUUUGCACCCCAACUACGUUCAGUGCGUGAGGAAGGACAACAACCAGCACAACAUGACGAUUUGCUUGCAUUCCGGUAUCCACGAAUGAUUCACAGACGAACUUUACGCGAUGCGGCCAUGCGUUUACUUUCAUCUACGGAUGAUCAGAAUGAUGACCAGCUCAACAAACGUUUCUCAGCUCCUGGUAUAUAUUGUCCAUUUCAGCUGGCCUAG